AUGGCUUCAGCUGCUGCUGCUGCUGCUUCUUCUUCUCAAAGGCACUAUGAUGUGUUCCUUAGCUUCAGAGGAGAAGACACCCGCAAUAACUUCACUGCCCAUCUCUAUCACGCCUUGUACCAGAAAGGAAUCAACACUUUCGUGGAUGAUGACAAGCUUGAGAGAGGCCAAGUCAUAUCUCCUGCCCUUGUUGCAGCUAUCGAAAACAUGGAGUUUUCAAUAGUUAUUUUCUCGAAAAAUUAUGCAUCCUCUAGAUGGUGUUUAGAGGAGUUGGUGAAGAUAGUAGAGUGCAUGAAAAGCAGGAGACAGAGGGUUCUCCCAAUUUUCUACAAUGUGGAUCCCUCGGAUGUGAGAAGACAGAGGGGUAUAUUUGGAGAAGCAUUGGCUAAACAUGAAGAGAACUCAAAGAACAUGGAAAGGGUGCAGAAUUGGAAGGAUGCUCUCACUCAAGUUGCAAAUUUAUCCGGUUGGGAUUCAAGAAAUAAGUGA